AUGGAUUCAAACAAUAAGAAUAGUCCCAUGUUCCUGGUAUUUCCUCCAGAGGUCGCCAGUCCAGAACAACAAACAACUCUUACAGCCUCAGCCUAUAACGCCCAAAACCGAGUGCAGAAACUCCUUAUUAGAAAACUGAAGGUCUUUGGGACAACCCAGAUCCUGUGUGGAAUCAUGAACUUUUCAUUUGGAGUUGUUUUCCUUUUCACCUUGGUAAACCCAUAUCCAAGGUUUCCUUUUAUAUUUAUCUCAGGAUAUCCAUUUUGGGGCUCUGCUUUGUUCAUUAACUCUGGAGCAUUUCUGAUUGCACUGAAAAGAAAAACUACGGACUAUAUGAUAAAAAUGAGCCAGAUGAUGAAUUUACUUAGUGCCCUGGGAGCAACAGCUGGAAUCAUUCUCCUCAUAUUUGGUUUCCUUCUAGAUGGAGAAUUCAUCUGUGGCUAUUCUCCAGAUGCUAGUCAGUGUGGUGCUAUUACCACUCUGUUCAUUGGGAUUCUGGCCAUGCUGAUGAUCUUCAGCAUUACUGAGCUGCUCAUCUCCCUCUUUUCCUCAGCUUUGUGGAAACAGUUCGCAGACUUGGCUGCACACUCACAUCGUCUGAGAAACUUCCAGAAAGCCCAGUGCACCGUGGGCAAACACACAUCACUUACAUCAGCCCGUGCCUCCCCAGAAACGCUUCUGCUCAGUGGUCCUGAUUAUACGUCUCCGAACCAGCUUAAAUGGAGAGGGGGAAACGAGAGGCGCGAGAGAGUGUAUGCGCAAAUGCGAAAUGUGAUUGAAAGGCGACAAGUCCAGGACUCCCAAGUGGACCUGCUCGGGGAUUCUGAGUCUUUGCAUGGGUGCCUCCCCACCUGCUCAACCCGAAAAGUGAAGCGUGAAGGUAAAGUCCGUCCCGCCGAGCAGCCCAUCUCUGGAGAGUUUCUGGCGCCCUCCUAG